GCACUUGUGUCGUAGUUUAAAAAACGCAGGUUGUUGAAGUUGCAGUGGUCGGGAUUGAGCGCAUGUAGGCCGAUAUAGGCCAAGUUCACAGGACGGGGAUUCACACGUUAAUGGGCACAAACCCGUCGCGGUUUUAAAAUAACAGCUGAUUCUGGACAAUAUGUUCGUGAAUAUUUCAGAGGGGCGGGUUGUCUGCUGUGGUGAACGCGUUCGGGAUGAAUUGUGUGUUUUUGCCGGUGAAAUAUGACCGUGACAGCUUUGUACUGACAUUUUUUUGCAUCGUUUCCGAACGUAUCGUUGGAUUGAACGGGUUUCACAUUUGAGCUGCUUAAAAAAAUAAUUUGCGAGCCGUAAAAUGAGAGUAUCAGCGGUGAUACGAUUCAUCGGAGUGUUAUUAGCUGGCUAACUAACUAGCCAACGAAUUUAUUUGCUUGCAUCGUUACUAUCUGUCGCUCUGAUCCGCAUGACAGUCUAGCUUGAUGAUAAAUGUAAUUCAGGAAUAGGCGAAAAUACAAUCGGGGGCUCUCCAGGCGAUGAUCACGUUAUUUCUGCAUCGUUUGCCUUGUGUCAGUCCCAACAAAAUGCAAAGGUGGCUACGGAUACGUCAUCUUUUUACUUUUAUCUUCAUACAUCUGCCUAACGUUUAACGACGGUAAGCUGAUUUUCAAGCCGUUGUGAAGGCCUGCGAAUCGGCAUUGUGGGAAUUCAUCAUCCCAUACGAGAAGUCACAUGUUAGCUCUCUGUGCCGCUAUUGAGAAUGGCAUGAACCCAGCUUCCGUUUUUUGCUUUUGGUUAACUCGAGGGCACGGGUCAGAAUUGCGCCUUUCCCAUUAUUGUGUAUUUGGGAAACGGACGUUUCACGGCUGGACACUAUCCGCGCGCUCACGUGGGAAAGUCAGACCGCUGUAUCAACCUUGACGUUUGCGAGAGGUUGCGUGCAUUGAGUCCGUCCUUGCUAUGUGACAUUUGUGUAAGCGUGUACUUUUAUAGCACGCUGCGAUACGUGAAUAAUAUUCGAUAUGAUUUUUUUGUGAGCAUACGUGCGAAUAUGUAUAUAUUCCUGCAGCUUGAGAAGCAGAGAGGCCUUUAUUGGCAUGGCAUAGUCACACUGCAUGGUGAAAAGCGUCGUUCUUGUCUACACGGAACAACAAGAGUAUUAUGACUUGUAGAAACUGGGGGGAAUCGUGAGUGGUGCAGUGAAGCCUUACGCCGCCUGUAAUGCAGCAUUUGAUUUGUACAUUGGCUGCUGAAAAGGGGCCGUCAUUCACAGCUUUUAUUCUCUUAAUUUAUUUUAAUGGACUUGAAGCACUUGAUAGUUUGUACCCAAAUCAUGCGCACUGAACUCAUUCUUGUUAAACAUUUAGAGAUCUCGUUGUUAUAUUCAUCCAACGCUUCUUAUAAUUUAGGAGCUCUGGUUCUUGCAUGUUUGAGGUAUAAUGUUGUCAUUGGCUAUGAAUCACGUCCUUUUCAGUGAAAUGCUGAUUUUUUUUCCCCCCCAAGCCUGUUGUUUGGGAACUUCAAGCGCUUCUUUGCACAAUGAAAUGCAUGAAGCAUAUGAUUAUCUGUCAUUCCCUUGUCAUUGUAGCUCUGGGUGUAUGCCAAUGCAUGUGCAAUCGACAGUUCCAUCAGUAUCACAUGAAUUAUUGUUCCUGGUAAAAAGGGUUUUUGGCUCUGCAAACUGUAGGACGGAACAAUGCCAAAGGACCCUCCACUGCAGUGGCCUUCAGUGGAGUUUAUGCAAACAUGAGGAUGGUUCAUGUUUUGACUUCAGUUGUGGGUACCAAAUGUGAACUUAAGGUUAAAAAUGGGCUGAUCUAUGAAGGGGUUUUUAAGACCUAUGGCCCAGAGUGUGAUAUUGUCCUGGAUGCUGCACACAGAAAGAGUGUAGAACCGAAUGCGGGCCCUCGCCGUGAGGAUAUUGUGGAAAGCAUCAUCUUCAAGUCCUCAGAUGUAGUGGUAGUUCAUUUUAAAGAUGUGGACCUCAACUAUGCCAAGAAAGUCUCAUCAGAUGCAGACAACUUCACAGACAGUGCAGUAAGUGCCCGUCUGAAUGGAGAGCACAAAGAGAAGGACCUGGAACCCUGGGAUGGAGGGGAGCAGCACAUCUCUGGCAGCAUGGAAUCUCUUGACACUGAUCUGUCAAAUGGCUGGGAUCCUGAUGAGAUGUUUAAAUACAAUGAGGAGACAUACGGUGUGAAGUCCACCUAUGACAGCAGCUUGUCCUCGUACACGGUUCCUUUGGAGCGAGACAACUCUGAGGAGUUCCUCAAGCGGGAGGCUCGUGCAUCACAGCUGGCAGAAGAAAUCGAAGCCAGUGCCACCUACAAGGCCCGAGUGGCUCUGGAAAAUGACGACCGCUCUGAGGAAGAGAAAUACACUGCUGUGGUUCGUGGAGAGAGGGAGCUUCACAGCCUCAACAGGGAGAACAAAUACAUUCCCCCUAGUCAGAGGAACAGAGAACCAGGGAUGUCAUGGGGAGCUGGUCGUCAAAACUCACCCAGACUGGUGCAGUGCAGCCCUGGGCCUCCCACACCCAGAUCUGGACCUCAUGACUACAACGCAAUGGAUCAGCGUGUGGUCAAUGGAGGUGCACACCCUUGGCCCUCGCGCUGCCCAUCUCCCUCCUCUCGCCCUCCAUCCCGUUACCAGUCAGGUCCCACCAACUCUCUCCCGCCCCGGGCGGCCACGCCCACCCGGCCUCCUUCCAGACCCCCAUCCAGGCCCUCUCGGCCCCUGUCUCACCCCUCUGCUCAUGGCUCUACAGGGCCCCUGUCCACCAUGCCCAAACGCCUGUCCUCAGAAGGUCCUCCAAGAAUGUCUCCCAAGUCCCAGCGUACUCCUAGACCUCAUAGAGUGGCCUCUUGUCGGAGCGGGUCUUCUUCGCUUGAUUAUAUAUCCCAAGGUGCAUCGGUGGAGGUUUCCGCUCCCCCUCCUACUCACAACAGCCCUUCUGGGGGAACCUGGUCAUCUGUUGUCAGCGGUGCACACAGACCUCGAUCACCUCGACAAAAUAGCAUUGGCGGAGGUGCUCCAAGCCCCUCCUGCUUGUCUUCCCCUCAGGCUGGUACAGUGCCAGUAGACUCUGCUACAGCUUCCACAGCAGCGACGUCACCCACAGCAGCCAAUCCGGCCACCAACCUGGAAGCAUCUCCAAUUGAAGAGGCCAAAGAAUCAAGAGUACUAGAGACGAGACAAAAUUCUCCUAAUGCCAACAAGGAAAAUGUGAAACCUAUUGAAGCUUCUGCAAGCAUCUCUCGAUCCAUCGGAAAGGGACCUCCCAGCAUGGCUCCAGACCACAGGAAACAAAUAGAUAAUUUAAAGAAAUUCAGUGUAGAUUUUAGGUUGCAGUCUAGCUCAAAUCCAGAUCCAGUUUUUGAGCCCAAGACUCCACGGGACCUUGGAGAAAAGCCAAAGGAUCCAGCAGCUGAGAAGAGCACAGUAGAUUCAACAGGACCCAAAGUCUCCAUGGAGUCUGCCAUUAGUGAAGAACCCUCCACUGCUGCGAGCGUUGCCCCAACAGGAAGUAAAUCUGGUACCCCUUUGCUUUCUCCUUCCUCUGCUGUACCUGAGCAGAAACGAGGGCCUGAUGUGACGUCUCAAGGCGUUCAAACCACCUCACCUCUGGCCAAUGCUGUUGUAAAAGACAAGGAUGAGAAGGAGGAGAAGAAUGACCCAGUAGCAGAGAGUGUUAGAAAAUCUACUCUCAAUCCCAAUGCCAAGGAGUUCAACCCAAGGGUAUUUUGCUCCCCUCCUAAACCAGCAACAACCCCUACUCAAACCCGGCCCCAGGGUCAACCCAGCCCCUCCAUAGUAGUACAGCAGCCCCCCGCCGUUUAUGGCCAGACCAUGUUCCAGAUGUACCCUCUGACGCCCGUCAGUCCUGGCGUUCAGAAAAGCAUUAUCUGGAAGCCUCCAGCCAUGUACCAUGUUCAGGUUCCUCAUAUGACCAUGAGCCAGACCAAGCCCUACAGACCAGGUAAAGUACCAAACAUGCCACAGCAAAGACCAGACCAGCAUCACCCACCUGGCUCGUCUACAAUGAUGCAUCCAGCUACAGCUGCUGGGCCGCCCAUUGUGGCACCAAGCCCAGCCUACUCCACCCAAUACUUCACUUGUAGCCCCCAGCAGUUUGCUAGCCAACCUCUGGUACAACAGAUGCCCCACUACCAGUCACAGGCCCAGCAUGUGUUCAGUCCAGUGAUUCAGGGCAGUGCAAGGAUGAUCACUCCUCCUGGACAUGCUCAGCCCAGCCUGGUUUCUUCCUCCACCACUCAGUAUGGUGAGCAGACGCAUACUAUGUAUGUGUCACCUACCCCCAUUCCUCAGCAGUUUCCCCACCCAAGCUCUACCCUUCACCCUCAUCCGCAGCACCCUCAGCCCUCUGCCACCCCGACAGGACAGCCGCAGCAGGGUACUCAGCAUGGAGGCAGCCACCCGGCCCCCAGCCCCGUUCAGCAUCCUCAGCACCAAGCGGCGGCCGCUGCUGCCCAGGCCAUCCAUCUGGGAAACCCACCACAGCAGCAAAUGUACUCAGCCCUGGCACCCACCCCACCUUCUAUGACACCCGGCCCCAACCCUCAGUCUCCUCAAGCCAGCUUCCCCUCCGCUCAGCAGGCUGUCUACAUCCACCCCCAGCAGGUGCAGCAUGGGUAUAAUCCUAACCAUAUGGCUCAUGUGCAGCAGGCCCACAUGCAGUCAGGGAUGGUGCCGCCACAUCAUGGCACUCCUUCCCACCCCCCGACUAUGAUGUUGAUGGCUACACAGGCUCCUGCUGGCCCUCAACCCGCGCUGCCCCAGGGCACUCUCAACCCCAUCCCUGUGUCCUCAGCCACACACUACUCCUACACUCUCACCCCUGUGCAAGGUCACCAUCAGCAGCAGCUGUAGAGGAUGAAGAUCAGAGAACAGCAGUCGAUUUGAGUGGCUCCAGAUCUUUGCAGAGCCAUCUGGUCCCACCUACCACUUACUGGCCAACAAAACUUCACCUGUCUCUAAACUCCCCAUAAUGGCCAUGAGAACCUCAAUCAUGCUGCUCUUCUGCUACCCACCACCAGUGAUUAAGAUACACGUACAGGCAAAGAUGUGGUGAACUCUGGCUUUUUUUUAAAAAAAAACAAAACAAAAGAAAGACAAGAGUUUUAACGAGGAAUCAUUUUUCACGUUUCAGUGACACUAGAACUCUUGCAGUGGGUCCUAACAAUAACAAAACAGCCCAGAUGAGUGAGAAAACUGUGCAUAAAUAACUGGAACAUUUCGUCUGCACCUUCUAAGUUAAAGAUAAUUCUUCCGUAUAUUGACAGUAUUAACAUUACUGUUAAAUGCUGCUGCUAUAGCUGUGCUCAAGACCUUGGGGUAAAUCAACACAACAAAGUGAAAUGGUUCUAACCAAACUAAACACAAGAAACUUCCAUUAAUGAAGAUGUUCGGCAAAAAAAGCAGAUAAAUUAUUUAUUAAUUUAAUCUGAUGGCAAAGCCCCAUUAGACUUGACCGUUAUAAAACUGUUAAGUUAAAAUAACUUUUACUUUGUAGAUAAUAUAAAUGAAUUUAAAAAAAAUUAAAAACAUUAAAAAAAGUUUUAAAAACUUUA